AUGUUGUUUCCCUUAUCUGUAACCUCUUUUGACAUAACAAAGUUGCUGUCCGAAUUCCCUGCAUACAGCACUUACAGCAACUACCUUACGCAAACCCAGCUAGCAACCGAAAUAAACACCAGGCAAACAAUAACAGUACUUGCUGUCGAUAACAGUGGAAUGGCACCUAUCUCAGGAAAGCCAAUGGAUGUUAUCAAAAAGAUAUUAAGCGUCCACGUCAUCCUCGAUUACUAUGACGAUAAAAAAUUUCAGAACAUGAGAAAUCAAAAUGUAACUGUCACCACUCUAUUUCAAGCCAGUGGACAAGCUAAGGGACAGGAGGGUUUCUUGAAACUCACUGAUCUAAGCCCAGGUGCCGUCACUUUUACGUCUGCUUCUGAUCCUAAUGGACCAGGUGCUGAUUUGGUUAAACCUGUCCUCGAACAACCAUACAAUAUUUCAGUGGUGCAGAUCAGCACUGUCAUCAUGCCACCGUCUCUGCUUCCUUCCUCCAAUGCCACAUCACAUGCUCCAGCCCCAGCUCCUGUUGUAUCCCCUGCUCCGGUGGAGUCACCUGUCCCAGAGACCAUACCAUUUACAAUGCCGCCAGUGCCAGUGGUAUCACCAGUUCCAGUAGUUUCGCCAGCACCACUAGCAGGUCCAGUGAAGUCUCCAGUGCCAGUUGUAUCGCCAGUUCCAGUUUCCGCACCAGUUGCAGUUCCAGCGCCUGUACCGGUAAUGUCACCAGGGCCUGUACCGGCAAUGUCACCAGCUGAAGCUCCUAAGAAUGAAGAGGGAGCUAAGUCAGGGGUGAUGAAGUCUGAUGCGAACAAUGCUUUAGCUCUUUUCCUUACUUUUUCCUCAAUCUAUGUGCUGCUGUCUACCUCCGCGUAUAAUGCCUACUCAUGA